GGAGGGGCCAAGCUGAGGGAAAAACACCGACUCUUCGCAGUUUCCGACAGUGUGUUUUUUUCUCUUGUUGUUAUUAUCAGUCGGCUUCGUGUUGAGUGUUCUGUGGGUGAACUUUGCCCGGAGGGAAUCCACGGAGGAUUUGGACUCGGAACGAACAGAAGGACUUUCAUUCCCAGCUGUUCGGUUGUUUAGGCCGACGAGGAAAGAAAAAACCUUCCAACUUCCUGGUUCCACACCACAGGUAUAGGUAUAGGAUGUCUGUCACCCCACGACGUGUCCGCCUGAAGCCGUGGCUGGUGGCGCAGGUGGACAGCGGCCGCUACCCGGGUCUGGUGUGGAUUGACCGUGAGGCCAUGCGCUUCAGGAUUCCAUGGAAACACGCAACGCGCCACACACCGCAACAUGAGGAUGAGGACACCAUCUUCAAGGCGUGGGCGGUGGAGACAGGAAAGUUCCAAGAGGGAGUCGAUGAACCUGAUCCUGCAAAGUGGAAAGCUCAGCUGCGAUGUGCCCUGAACAAAAGCAGGGAGUUCAACCUGGUCUAUGAUGGCACCAAGGAGGUCCCCAUGAACCCACUGAAAAUAUACGACGUCUGUGACAUUCCACCGCCCCUCGGUAGUCAAGCUCCUUCUGAUGCUGGUUCAUGGGCUCCAGGUGAUGAUGAUGGCGGUGAGGAAGACAUUCCAAAUACACCAGAGUCUCUUCCUCCAUAUCCAUCCAAUGGCACCAGUCCGUCUCCUGUUAUCCUGUGGUCUCCUGACUCCGACUCCUCCAUGCAACCUCCCAGUUGCCCCCCUUCAAAUGAAGUGUGGCCCAAAGAGGAACCUGUUAAAACCUGGCCUAAAGAGGAGCCUGUGGAUGUGGAGAUGCAGACUACACCCAUGGGUGGAAUGAACCCCACUGCGUUAACUGAUCCCAUCAUGCAGCCGCCUCCUCUGGUCGAUUCCUUCUUUGCAUCUCCAGAAACGUGGAUCAGUUCCCUCCCAAUGACUGACCUGGAGGUCCAGUUCCUGUACCGAGGGAAGGAGAUGUGUCCCAUGAUGACGGUCAGUAACCCCCAGGGCUGCAGGCUGUUCUACGGAGACCUGGGGCCCAUGGUCAACCAGGAGGAGCUGUUUGGACCGGUGAACCUAGAGCAGCUGCGAUUCCCGACCACAGAGCACAUCACCAACGACAAGCAGAGGAUCUUCACAAACCGUCUGCUGGAUGUGAUGGACAGAGGGCUCAUCCUGGAGGUCAACGGCCACGAUAUCUACGCAGUGCGUCUCUGCCAGUGCAAAGUGUACUGGUCUGGUCCAUGUGCUCCAAAUACAGCUGCACCCAAUCUCAUAGAGCGGCAGAGGAAGGUCAAACUGUUCUGCCUCGAGUCUUUUCUCAGUGGUGUGAUAGCCCACCAGCGAGGACAGACCCCGAACCCCCCUCAGUUUGAAAUCAGCCUCUGCUUUGGAGAGGAGUGGCCCGAUGGAAGACCCAGAGAGAGAAAACUCAUCAUGGUUCAGGUGAUUCCAGUUGUGGCCCGUAUGAUCAGCGAGAUGUUUUCUGGAGACAACAUGCGGUCUUUUGACAGUGGCAGUGUCCGUCUGCAGAUUUCAAUCCCAGAUAUCAAGGACAACAUCGUGACCCACCUGAAGCAGCUAUACUGCCUGCUGCAGGGUCAGCAGGGUCAGGACGGAUGGGCAUUACACGCCGGCCAGGGCCUGAACAUCGCCCAGGCUCUGCAGUCACAGUGAAACAGCACAGUGGGGACUAAUGUUAUGACGCCUGUAGGUUUCACUCCUGUUAGAAAAGAAGUACUUAUGUGUUGUCAUGUUUAGUAGCUUGUAUACAGUUUAUAUACUUGUCCGUUUCUCUCGUACUGCAUGGCAGUUGUGAUAGUGCUUCGCUGUAUAUAAAAAUAGUGCCUCGACACUUUGUACUCUGCAUCUGCAAUAUGUGUGUGGUAACUGAAGACAGAUUUAGUGACUGCAUGGGCCAAAGUCCUGCUGGCUGCAAGGGAACAUUUAACAAAGUUAAUGAGUUACAGAAAUUGCCAAACUGUACUGAAGUCUGGUCCUUACAGAUACUACCUUUUACAUUUUCACCUCAUGAAAUUAUAUAAAGCAGCUCGUCUUAUUUUGGAAAAAUGUGAAUCUUUCCCAGAUGUUCCCUGUAUUUUAAAAUGUAUGAUCCUGAUUAGAUUGGUUACAUUUGGCAAAAGCUUUUUUCCUGAUCAGGACUCCAGUUUUGUCUUCAGAUUUUUUUUUUCUUAACUUUUCUGUUUAUAUUUUUGGCCAUUUUUGUACACAUACAAAUUUUGUGCAUUUUAUUGUAUCCACCAGCCAUUUAAUUAAAAAAACCUUCAGCUACAUGGCUCUGUUGUCAAACAGAUGCCACUGCACUCUGAAUAUGCUGAAUUUGUAUUGUUUGAAUGUAGGAGCAUUUAUCCUGUGGUUUGUAUAUUUUAUCAAUCAAUGGUUUGGACUGUUUUCCUUAAUGAUUAUAUACCAUCCAAACUGUUUCUGAAUUAUUAAAUCAUGCCUUUGAACAGUGAAA